UGCUGCUGCUCGUGCUGCUGGGUGCUGCACGCUGGCGCAGCCCAGAUCCAACACCGGAUCCGAGGAUGGAGACGCGAGGACAUCGGGUCUGUUUGAGGCGGGGAGUCAGGAUGGAAUAACCCCCCCCACACACACCCAAAAGAACCACAGAAUGCACUCACUGUGUGCAUAUGAUCCACUACAACCCGAUUGGAACACGCAGACACGCGCGCUGUCAUUCAGACCGUGAAGUCGGAUUUUAUCGAAGCGCGUGUCUCGGAGACAGGUGACUCACCUGGGAAGCUGCUCAUCUUUCACCCAGCGCACACGUGGGAGUGUGGAUUUAAAUCCCAAAGUUUGGAUCUUCUCUUUCCGGGAUAUGUCUUUCUUUUUUUGAGAAAGGGGGAUGCUUGAGGAUGCACGCGCCUCGUUCAACCCCUCCGUCGGUCCUGGGGGGACGCGGUCCGUGUUCGCGCGGCUGUUCCGGCAGAUGAUCGCGCGGCUGUUCCUUCCCACCGUGGGUACCUGCUGACAGAUACCUGUGUGCUCGUCCCCGGGUCGGAGUCCUCUCGUGCACGUGAGAAUCACUCCGUGGUCUUUUUGUUUUUUUGUUUUCCUCGAGGAAAGUUUGGAACAGGGACGCGCUGGAGGAUGAAACCAGCGCACCUUUUGAGACGCGGAGCUCAGUGACUGCUCCUUACGCACGUGCUUUCUUAAUAUUUCAUUUAUGAUCUGUGGAUGGGUUUGUGAGCAGGUGUUCCGAGGGGGAGGGGGGGGUGUCUAGCUGAAGAAUGUGUAUCCGGAUGGGGGGACUCGUGCUCAGGCUGGAGGGGAGAGCAGAUAGGCUACCUGUCCCUUCCGGGGACCACAGGUGUGCCCGGUAAACAGUGACUCCAAAAUCCCCAAAUGGCGAUCUGUGGGUGGAGCUGACCUGGGUCCACCUCCCUGCACCUCCUCUCUUCACUUCCUAGUUCCUCGCCGCCCCCCUUUUUUCCUGCUCUUCCACCCUCUGUCCCCCCCCCACCCCACCCCCGCUCGUCUCUCGCCCUAUAUCUAUCCACCUCCUCCCCCACCCCCCCCCCCCCCCCCACAGCACACAUGCAGGCCAAGAAGCGGUACCUGCUCCGUGUCUGUGGGCCGUCUUCUCUUCCUCGUCUACCUUGGGGUCUGCCAUCGGGGAGUUCCAAGCAGCAGCCGUACCAGUACCACCAGUUGCCCCAGUACCCCCAGUACCACCAGUACCCCCAGCAGGAGGACCAGUACUACCACCAGAGCCAGGAGGCGUACCAGCCCCUGCCCCAGAGAAGCCCGUCCAGACCGCCCAGGCACUGGCCCGGGUCCACCCAGCUGCUGGAGCCGUACCUGGAGGGGGGGGAGCAGGAGGAGGACAGCCCCCAGCUCCAUCACCAGCACACCUCUCCUCGAGAGCGGCGUGCGAUCCGCGACAACAUCUACAAGAACAAGCGCUGCCGCAUGGAGACCUGCUUCGACUUCGCCCGCUGCCAGGCGGGCUUCACCGUCUACAUCUACCCCCCGCAGAGGGGGGACCAGAUCUCCGAGACCUACCAGAAGAUCCUGUCCUCCAUCGAGGAGUCUCGCUUCCACACCACGGACCCCUCGCGGGCCUGUCUGUUCGUUCUGGCCGUGGACACGUUGGACCGGGACCAGCUCUCGGCUCAGUACGUCCAGAACCUCAGACUCAGGAUCCAGAGCCUGCCGACCUGGAACGACGGCCGGAACCACCUCAUAUUCAACCUGUACUCCGGCACCUGGCCGGACUACACUGAGGAUCUGGGGUUCGAGGUGGGCCAGGCCAUGCUGGCCAAGGCCAGCGCAGACGUGGUCAACUUCCGACCCAACUUUGACAUCUCCAUCCCUCUGUUCUCCAAGGAGCACCCGCUGAAAGGGGGGGGCGUGGGGUAUCUGACGCUCAACGACGCGCCGCCUUCCAGGAAGUACCUGCUGGUUUUCAAAGGGAAGCGUUACCUGACGGGGAUCGGUUCUGAGACCAGGAACGCUCUGUAUCACAUCCACAACGGGGACGAUGUCAUUCUGCUGACCACAUGCAAACAUGGCAAGGACUGGGAGAAGCACCAGGACUCCCGCUGCACCAGAGAUAACGAAGAAUACUCAAAGUUCGACUACCUGGAGCUGCUCCACAACUCCAGCUUCUGCCUGGUGCCCCGGGGCCGCCGUCUGGGAUCCUUCCGCUUCCUGGAGGCCCUGCAGGCUGCUUGUAUCCCCGUUAUUCUGAGCAACGGCUGGGAGCUUCCCUUCUCUGAGGUCAUCGACUGGAGGAAAGCCGCCAUCAUCGGAGAUGAGAGACUUCUGCUACAGGUCCCCUCCAUUACCCGGUCUGUGGGCCGUGACAGGAUCCUGGCCCUCCGCCAGCAGACUCAGUUCCUCUGGGACGCCUACUUUUCCUCUGUAACCAAAAUCGUCUUAACUACUCUGGAGAUCAUCCACGACCGCGUGGACUCCCAUGUGUCCAGAAACCGCUUGUUGUGGAAUUCUCUACCCGGGGGUCUCUAUGCACUCCCCCAGUACUCCACCGACCCCGCCCAGUUCCCCUUUUACUACGCCAUGCUGGGGAAGAGCCCGUCGCAGCAGUUCACAGCUGUGAUCCAUGCGGUUACCGCUCUGCAGUCCCAGAUCUCCCCCGUGGUGAAGCUCAUCAUCGCUGUGGCCAAGUCCAGGUUCUGUGCACAGAUUGUGGUUUUAUGGAACUGCGACAAGCCGUUACCUCCCGGGAACAAGUGGCCCUCCACCAGCGUGCCUCUUACUGUCGUUGAAGGACAGACCAAGACGAUGAGCAGUCGGUUUUCCCCCCACGACGUCAUCCUCACCGAUGCCGUUCUCAGUCUGGACGAGGACUCGGUUCUCUCAACAAACGAGGUGGAUUUUGCCUUCCUCGUGUGGCAGAGCUUCCCGGAGCGUAUCGUUGGUUACCCGGCGAGGAGUCACUACUGGGACGGUCCCAGAUCCCGAUGGGGCUACACCUCCAAGUGGACCAAUGACUACUCCAUGGUCCUCACGGGGGCCGCGUUCUACCACAGAUACUACCACUACCUGUUCAGCCGCUACGUCCCUGCCAGCCUGCUGACCAUGGUGGACCACAUGGCCAACUGUGAAGACAUCCUGAUGAACUUCCUGGUGUCGGCCGUUACCAAGCAACCGCCAAUCAAAGUCACACAGAAGAAACAGUACAAGGAGACCAUGAUGAGCCAGGGCUCCAAGUCGUCUCGGUGGGCCGACCCAGACCACUUCGCCCAGCGGCAGACCUGCAUGAACGCCUUCAGCCACUGGCUGGGCUUCAUGCCCCUGCUGCACUCCCAGAUGAGGCUGGACCCUGUGCUGUUCAGGGACCAGGUUUCCAUCCUGAGGAAGAAAUACAGGGACAUUGAAAAACUGUGAAUGCGCAAGGACACGCACACCAAAUCACUGUGUGUGAUCCAGAGGCCGUGACAAGAAUCCACACACUGAAUGUGAACAUUUGUGAGGCUAUAAAGGAAAACUCACACAUGGACACUGCACAUAAAAAUGAGAAAACACUGACGUACGCAUAAGGCACUUAACUGCGUAUUUCUAUUUAAAAAAUAAAUAAAUAACAGAUUCUGUAUGGGGGGUUGAUAGCAGUGAGUGACUGUGCAUACCCGCCAUCUGUGACAAGAUACAUAAAUAUAAAUGCAUGGAUACACAUGCAACAAAGACCUGGACACAUUCAAUACAGGCCUGAGGACAGACAGACAUGUGUUGCAUGGUUUGAACGUGACAGCUGUCCAAGGACCUGAAAAAAAAAAAAUCUAAGAGCUACGUUUAUUAUGGAAGUUGGACUGUUGGCAAAUUAAGCAGUAUAUAGAAUAAUGUUGGACAAAAGGUAGAUAUAUUUAUGGAUUAUAGAUUGUAUUCAUAAAGUCAAAGGACACACUCUGGGGUUACGUAUGUAUAGUAAAGACACAUUGUGGACAGAAAAGACAAACGUGCUCCCCCAAAGCACCCAGAGACCAUGGCAACAUGCCUCUUGUAUACUAUUGUAGAUUUUCAGCAGCAGUUCCUGUCUGUAUGAAGCAAAUAAAAAUAAAAUAAAGAGAUGUGAUGAGUGAAGAGGCCAGGUCUCAACAG